CAUGGUAGUAAACUAACAACCACGGUUGUAGAUAGAACUUUUAUCUUAUAGAAAAAUUACGUGGUGGCCACAGAGAUACGCAUUAUCGUUUAUCAACGUAAACAUUCGCGUAGUCGGCAACCGCCAACUCUUAAGUGCCAACCGAGUACCGAAUACCGACCAUUGCCAAUUGCCACAUUCACUUUUGUGAGUUUUUUACGAAUUACGAGCUGUGCCGGCGUUUACAUACACAAUAUACGGUUUUAUAUUCGUUUUUACCGAUCAGUUCGUGAAAUUUAAAGAGAUAACGUUUGUAUUUUGAAUUUUUUCGUCUGACUUUCCCCUUGUGCCGGACGAUGUCUCCUCCACAGAAUUGUCGGUAUUUCGAGUUUCGACGAAUGGUCCAAGAGAGAUCUAUAGUCGGACUUCAGUAACCUAAAAAUACUGUGAGUCAAGUACAUAUUUAAUGACCGAACAAAAAGAAGAAGUUGAUCUAGAAAUACAAGUAGAGACUAUGCAGACCAGUCACAGUCGCAAAUCUAGCCUGAAAGUGAUCACUUUGGUGACGCUCACCCUUCAAAAUGCCAUGGUUGCACUCAGCAUGCGCUAUGCGCGAACUCGGCCUGGAGAUAUGUUCAUAUCGUCGACGGCUGUCGUCAUGGCUGAGGUGUUCAAGCUCUCUGUUUGUUUGGUACUAGUAUAUCACACAGAGUCUAUCUCCUGGAAACAUUUUAUAUCGUUACUAAACAAUACAAUUAUUAAACAACCAAUGGACACACUGAAAGUUUGUAUACCAUCUUUAGUAUAUCUGAUACAAAACAAUUUACUGUAUGUUUCCACUUCAAACUUGGACGCAGCUACUUAUCAAGUCACAUAUCAACUUAAAAUAUUUACAACAGCCGUUUUUUCAGUGUUGAUUUUGAAACGUAAACUAUUAAGACACCAAUGGAUUGCGUUAAUAAUUUUGAUUCUAGGUGUUGUUCUUGUUCAAUUGAAUAAUUCAACCGACAAAUCUCAAAAAACUUACCCUAAUCAAAAUCGAAUAGUUGGAUUAGUUGCAGCGCUCAUCGCAUGUUGCUUAUCUGGAUUUGCCGGAGUUUAUUUUGAAAAAAUACUAAAAGGAGCUGAAAUAUCAAUAUGGAUGCGAAAUAUCCAAUUGAGUUUUGUUUCUAUUCCAUUGGGUUUUGUAAUGUGCUUUAUUACAGACUGGAACAACAUCAAUGACAAAGGCUUUUUUUUCGGUUAUGACCUUUACAUAGCCUAUUUGAUAAGCUUACAAGCAGCUGGAGGACUUAUUGUAGCUAUGGUUGUAAAAUAUGCUGAUAAUAUAUUAAAAGGAUUUGCUACUUCUUUAGCAAUUGUUGUAGCGUGUGUUUUCUCAAUGUACUUCUUUGAUUUCACAAUUAGUAUUCAGUUUGUUGUAGGUACAAUGCUUGUAAUGUGUUCAAUAUUUUUAUAUAGUUAUACCAAGCAAAAAAAAUCACCAAAUCUAAAUACCACGCAAAGAGCAUAAAGCUAUAUAUUAAAAUUAUGAUAGUGUGUUUUUUGUGCAAGUAACUUAAAAAUGUGAAAAAAUUAAUUUUUUAUAAUAAUGUGUUUGUGUAUAUUAUAAAAUAAACAUCAACGGUUUUUUUAUUAAAUUUAAUAAAGUUUUUACUUGAAAUAUUUUGUUUAAAAUGAUAUAGUUGUAUUAUUAUAAAUUGUUUUUUUUUUACUUUAGUCAAAAAAUAAUUUAACUUAAAAAUUAUAUUAUAUUUAUUUAUUUAUAUUUUUGUUUAUAUAUAUAUCUAAUGUUACUUUAACUAAGAAACUAUAAUAAUAUCAAAUAAAAAUCUUAUACAAUUUUUGAAAAAUAUAUGUUUAUAUAAUAUUUUUUAUUUAUUUAUCUACAAUUAAUGGCGCAAUAAUCUUAUGUUUGUAAUGUUUGUAUAUUGUAUUAUUUUCAAAUAUUAGUUUUCAUAUAUUUUUACCUAUAUUUACUAAACUUUUAAUAUUAAUAAUUGACAACCUACUGAUAAUAAUAAGAUUAUUAUAUUAUAUUAUAGACAUAUAAGUAAAUAAUAAACUCAUCUACUUAAGUUAUUGUUAUGUUAUGAUUUAUGAAUGUAAUCUUUACAUCAAAUAUGUAUAACUGUUUAUUUUCUUCGGAAUGUUUUAAUCUUUCAUACUUUUUUUGGAAAUGUCAACAUUAAAUUUAUGAUCAUCAACUUCAUAAUAUAACUAAAUAUUAUUAUA